CGGCCGUGUCGAAAGCUAUAAAGCUGGAGGGUUUUGGCACCUUUGAUCGACCUUCCCUCAUCCCACCCAUCAACACCAGCUUCCACCACAACCACCAAACCACAUCCAAAAGCAAACCUCUUUGACCCAGUUGUACCCAAUCCAACCUUCACAUCAUGCGUUUCUUGGCCACCGUUACCUUGAUGGCAGUGAUCUGCAACUUCGCAGCUGCUUGGGAUUGUAAAGACCCCUGGCCCGUCGAACUUUGUCUAAACCAAGAUGGUAGUUACCAAAUUCCACACUCUUCUGGGGCUAUACAUAACUGCCAAGGAGUGCAAGCAAAGGGCAAAUGUUGUCCUAAGGGAACUGUUAGAGGAGAUGGAUCUAUCAAUCUCGGACUCACCUCAAAAUGCAUCGACGCUCAUUUUUAAGAGAGACAACUACAGAGUUCCCAUGGAAACUAAGCAACCGAAGACCGUUAGGACGCUGAUAUACUCUCCUGAAAUCAAGUGUUGUUUCCCCGCUCUCAUUUGUUUUGUCUGGCUAUUUUUCUGAGUGUUUGGUUGCGAUAUCUGUUAGACAAGCUCCAAGUGUGUCUUAUUGGAGCGUUUUCACAUUUACAUGCAAACCCAUUAGAAAGAAAACUUAGAUAUAAUCAAGUGCUUCAAUUUCUC